UUCCAAUAUUUUUCUUUCCCUUCUGUACACAGAGUUCCUAUUAUUUUCCACGUCUAUAUCAGGACAGGUGUGCAAGAUCAGAACAACUAUGGAGAAUGAGGAGGAAGACUUCCCCAAAACAUUAAUAUUAGGCAAUCCAGAAAAGAACAGCAAAAUCAAAGUACAGUGGGCAGAUGAUUCUUUCAGGGUUGGAUCAGGGUUUGGGAUACAACCCAGCACUAAAUUUGUUUCACUGCUGGAUAAACAAAGGUCAUCAAUUGAGAAAAUACCUGGAAAACAAUUCUCUCUUGCUGAUAAACAGAAUUUACUGCCAAAUACAGAGGACAGAAGUUCAAAUGAAAAUUUACCAAAGACUGCUGCAAGUGAAUACUAUGAUCACAUGUUUAAUGUGUUACCAGAUCGAACUUCAAAAUCAGAAAACCCAGAAACAGAUUGUCCAGUUCAAAGUGAGGAUGAGGAAGUAAAACCAUCAAUCCACAGCCUUGAGCGAAGCAAUGUGAACGAAGAUGACAAAAAUGUAGAAAGUAGAACAGAAGACAAUAUAUGUAAUAGAGUGAAAAUACAAAAAACAUCAAAUCAGUCUGCAAACAGGAAGGAUAGCACAGAAGCUUAUUCUUCUGUUAAUAGUGAGAGCAAACUUACUGAUGGAGUUGGCAAAACCAAAUGUUGGAUGUCAAUUCUUCAGAAGCCCAGUAGUACUUUUUUGCCAGGAAACUCAUCAACAUGUACGUCAAAUGCAGCAUCUAAUCCAGAGGCCACUUUCCAUAAAAAAGAUGCAUCAUUUAUCAAUCAUGAUAUUAAACUUAUGGACACAUUAGGGAAAACCACAUCUUGGAUGUCGAUUCUUAAGAAACCCAGCAAUACUUUUUUGGUUGCAGACUCACCAACAUCUACAACAAAUGAUACAUGUAAUCCAGCUGCCACAGCCAAUGAAAAAGACCUAACAUUACCUGCAUUAAGCAUAGAUGAGAACUUAGCUUCACUUAUGGGAUUGACUAAUGAAAGCCAUAAUAAAUGUUUUCCUGUAAAAAAGAAACAAACAGAAGCAUGCAUCCCAUAUCAGCCAAAAAUUGAUUCAUCAGUGAAGGGAUUUGUUUCGAUGGCAUCUGCAUCUGCUUUGAGAAAACUCAAAGAAGAGAAGAAAGUAUAUUCUGUUUCUUUGUUGAAUCAAACUCCUUCAUUCAACAAAGGUACUUCUGCCAUCCAAGAAACUUUGAAACAAGCAAAUGAUUCUGCAGCAAAACAAAGUAUUUCAAAACAUGGGACAACCCACAAGACAUUGGUUUCUUUACUAAAUGGCAGGACAUUUUCUAUGCCUGUUCCUUUUGAGAAUGUACAAGAAAAGUAUAGCAUAACUUCUGAAAUGUGUGUAAAAUCUUCAGUUGAUGGUAAUAGUUUUAACAAAAGAAAGUCUGAGCAGUUUGACACCUCUUUUGAUGAACCAUGUAGGGAAGAAUACAGUCCAUCUGAAGAUAUUAAAAGAAGAAAAACUGACAGGCAAUAUGCCUCAAAAUUUGAUGACGAAGAGUCUUUUAAUGCUCUUAUUGAUCAGAAAUUUGACAAUGCAUACAAGCAUGAAGAAUCAAGUCAUGAUAAUGAGGUCAAAAAAGAAUUUUGCGAUUCAGAUUUCCAAAAGUUUGAUUUUGACACUAAGAAUGGACCAGAUAUUGAGAAUAAUAAUGGGGGUGAAGCACCAUUGAAUUUUUUUAUCAAGCAGGAAGCCCUUGAUCCUGAAUAUGGUGAUGAACCAUCAGUUUCUACUGAUGAUGUCAAAAAUUCAAUAUCUACUUUUUCAAGAAUGAAUAUUCCAAUAAAAGAGGAGAUGUCUAAUGAGGAUGGACACUUCUUCAAUGAAAAUGGUUGUGAUGCUGAAGUUUCAGAAGACAAAAAUACUUCCGUUGUUAAACAGGAAGUGUAUGACCCAGAGUAUGAAGACACGCCUCCUAUUUUGUCAAUGAAUGCUUCCCCAAUGCCACAAGAAACAACUGAUCCAGAACAUGAAGACUUACCUCCUGUUUUAUCACCUAAAAAGGAAGUAGAUGAUUCAGAGUUUGAAGAGUGGAAUAACAAGUGCGAGGAUUCUCCACCAGUUUUACAAAAAGAAUACAAUCUUUCAAAAGAAGAUACUUCAUUAAAAAUUCCAAAAAGACUCACCAAAGGUAGAACACACAAGAAAGUAAAUCACAGCCAAAAAAAUGUGAUAAACAAUAAAUUUAUGUGUCCUAUAUGUAAGGCUGUAUUUGAGAAGUUAGAGGACUUUGAUGUUCACAAAGCUUUACAUUCCGGGCAGCAGAUAUUGUCUGCUAAACAGUAUCCUGAAAAAUUUGUCAUAAAGCCUGCAACUAUUAGGCAGGAUGGGAAUAGAAAAUUCAAAUGUGAAUUUUGUGGAAAGGCUUUUAAUCGUCCUUCAAACUUGAAAGAGCAUACUCGAAUCCACACUGGCAUGUAUCCUCAUAGAUGUCAGUCAUGUGACAAGGGGUUCCAUACCAGGACUAGAUUCUUGGCUCACAUGGCACGUCAUGAUGAGGAAAAUGAAGCAAAAGACACUCAGGACAUAGUUUUUAAAUGUAGUAAGAGUGAUCCAACAAAUGAGGAAAUAGAUAUUCAGGAAUUUUCAGAUGUAAAGUUUAGAAAAUAUGUCUGCAACAUUUGUAAUGAAAUCUUUGAUAAAGUAACACUGUACAGAAUUCAUCGCUUAGAACACAGAGGAGAAAUUCCACAUACAUGCAACUCUUGUGGAAAAGUUUUUCCAUGCAAAUCUGACCUUGUAAGGCAUGAAGCAACACAUUCUGAUGAAAGACCAUACAAGUGUCACAUUUGCAACAAGGCAUUCAAAAGACGCAAUGCAUUGGUAGAUCACUUGACAAUCCACAAACGAGAAGAGAGUAAUCAACCUGGAGAGAAAGACUCUGUUGACAGCAUCAUGAAAACCUUGGAACCUUCCAUAGAAAGCAUUGUUCAGAGCUUGGAACCAAACUCAAAAUCACCAGAAAAAAGUGCCUCAGAAACUGAAAAGGAAUUGGAAAGCAAUUUUCAGGAAUUGGAGAGACCUCUUUACACAGAUAAUGGGCAAAAAAUGAUAAAUAGUAAAUUCUACUGUAGGGAGUGUAAGAUUUCAUUCAAUGCAAGACGAGAAUAUUCCAUGCAUAGGUUUCAGCAUAAUGGUGGACAUCCUCAUGUAUGUGAGAUCUGCAACAAAAUGUAUCCUUAUAAAUCUGAUUAUGAUCGCCAUGUAGCAACUCAUAUGGGAAGGAAACCUUAUGUGUGUCACUUGUGCAACAGUGAAUUCUCCAGGAAACACUACCUCCAAAAACAUCUUUCAAAGCACAAAAACACUCGCAUUAGUCUUGGAGGAAAAUCCAAGUCUGGCAAUGAUUUUCAGAUAGAAAUUGAUAAUCCUGAAAAAUCCUCAAGUGAAGUAAGUGACUGUGAAGAUAAUGGUGACAUUGAUUUAAGAACCACUGCAGGAAAACUGGAAACGAGUUAUGAUGAAGAUGGAUCUAUGUUCUUGUUUGUUACUGAUGAUUGAUAUGAUCAAUUAUCUGGAUAUUUCAUUAUAUUGCGCCUCUUACAGAUUUAGACCAUCACUUUUAUCCUUUAAAUAUCUGAAAUGUCUUUUAUUAAUUUUUGGAUGUAUAAAUUUGUUUUAUUUCACAAAUUGUAUACCUGUUGAUUCUAAUAAGAAUUUUAAUUAUUUCUCACCAUAGGGGUAUCUUUAUUCAGCACCCUUGAUCCACGAUUUUAAAGCUGAGAUCUAGUUUGAUGGAAUAUUGUACAAUGUAAAUGUUAGCCAAACAGUUGAAGCUGAUCAUUUUCUACCAUUUAAUGAGGGAGAUGAACAAGCAAACAUGUUUCUUAAGCAUUUCUGGUGAACAAGAGGGUUUGCUUUAGCAUAUAUGUAUGCAAUAUGCAGUGUAUCACAAUAGUCUUUUGAUUGAAAAUAAGUAUAGGAUCAUAGGGUCUAAAAUCUGAUAAAGAGAAAGAAAUUAUAACUCAAAUAUAAUAUGUAAACAUUCAAUGUACAAUGUAUGUCUGAAAAUAAUCCAGAUGUGUACAUGUGUCGGUAUAAGACCUUAAUUUAAUUUAAUUAAAAGAAUGAAGACAAAAUUUGUUACUAUUUAUCUGUUGUGGCUCCUUACAUGGUUAACAACAGAGCAAUUAUUGUGAUGUAGAUGAUACGUGCACGUAUUAAUUUUCUAUAUGUGUUGGAUCUUCAGAUGAUGUAGUGUUUUUGUAACUUGUCUUUUAAUGCUGGCUCUUAGAAGUCUUGUUUAGAAUCCUGUUUAAUGUCUAGGACACAUUUAGAUCA